ACUUGUCUUCGUGCAUCGAUCACUGUCUUGUCUUCCUAUGUAUGCACAGAAGUUCCAUUCAUUUCUCAGUCCUUCCCCUUUGUCCUUCAUCAUUUGCAUAUAAGUUUAACACGACACUCUCGGUCCGAUCGUUGUUCGGUUCACCUGUUCAUCCCAAGUAUUACCCCGGACACCUAAAUACGGCAUCCUCAAUAUUAUCGAAGUCUCUCGAAAAUUCUAUCUCCAGGUGACCAUUUCCCUUCGAGCUUGUACUGUUCCUCUACAAUGUGGGGCAACCAGGCGAGGAUUAAUGCUCUACUGAGGAAGUCGCUUAUCGGGGAACUUAUUGACACCCAAUUUCACCUAUUCUCCGUUCGAUCGAAGCGCGAGGGCAACGUUACCAACCUUCAAGCAUUGUUUGCCAAUGACGAAGCCCUCACCACCGGUUCAGAGUACUUCAGUAGCUUACUUUCCGAAAAUUCGUUCAAUGAUUCUGCUGUGGUCGAAUUUCAAGACUAUCACACCUGUGAGGGAGGGAUCUCCCUUGAUGAAUAUGGUUAUGCAUCCGAUAGUGACCUCGAUGAAGAGGAGGAAGAGACUGACGAAGAUGUACAAGACAAUGAAAGGUGUGCAGGAGUCUCUGCGGAACGAGUAUCUCGAACCGCAUCAAUCAAGGACUUUACUACCAAAGGGGCGCAACGUAUCAUUCCAAGCCGCAGAGUAUUGGUAAUGGAUACGGCAUUCAAUACCUGGCGAUUGAUUUUCGCACCUUUGCGAUCGCAAACCAAGUCAGCGAGACAUCACAGCCUCGGCGGGGCCCCACCAUGCUCUCCGAAGUCUAUGUAUCGCGUAGCAUGUAAGCACAACGUCCUACAGGAACUCUCUUCGUCUCUAACAUCCAGGUUUCCUGCCAUUCUUGAGAUGGAAAUCGAAAUCUUAUUCCAGAACAUUGUUACUCCCACUGUCACGAAGGACUUUCCGAUGCUUAUUCAAAGAAUUGCUAGCGCUGGCCUCCCGCAUGGUGCUGACAUCCUGACCAAACUCCACGAAAGAAUGUUAAAGCAGCACUACCCUACGAUUUUGUCUCCUGAGGCUGCACUUGCAUCUGAAAAUGAAUGCAACGGCUCGCCGCUAAGUGGUCCAUUCAAAUUCAAACGGGAAGAGCCACAAAACCCGGUGAUGGUUAUUGGCGAUAAGGACGAAAGAGGACAGAAGAGUGCGCCCACACGGUCCCGGAGGAUUCACAUUUAACCUCCGGGACAUACUAUGAAUUCUCUUUUCCUUUCUUGACUCUUAUCGACUCGUAGCACCUUCGACAUCUUAUAUCACCCUCGUGUAUCAGUCGCUUCUUUCCGUCUCGGACUUCUUGACAUUCCUGUAUUUAAUCCCUUCCCCGUUUCCACUCUACCUCAGCGUUGCUUCACCGUCUGCUGAGACUUACUCCGUGUGUCUAGCUUCCAAUAAUGGUGUCGUUCUAAAUACAUUGUAGCCAUAUUAUUCAUGUAGGCUCCCACAGUAAUAACGAGGAACUUGUUUUCAUCUGA